AUGGCAAGGCUGAACAUGAGGCGGUGCCCUCAAUCCAGAAACCCGUCCUCGGAGAAGAUUAUCGACUUUUAUGCUGGAGACUAUGAAGUUAAUGAUAGCCCAAUUGAGCAAGUUAAGCUCACAGUUCCAAUAACAGAUAAUCCUUCAGAGCCAGUUUUAACAUUUAGAACAUGGGUUUUGGGGCUAACAUCAUGUGCACUUCUUGCCUUCUUGAACCGAUUUUUCUCCUUCCGCCAGAAUCCGCUAAGUGUCGGUCCAGUCGCAGCGCAAAUUAUUGUUUUACCAAUCGGAAGGCUGAUGGCUUCAACGCUACCGACGAAAGUAUAUCAAUGUCCACUCACAAAAUGGAGGUUUUCACUCAAUCCGGGGCCGUUCAGUGUGAAAGAACAUGCGUUGAUCACCAUUUUUGCAGGCUGUGGAGCUGGUGGUGUUUAUGCUGUGCAUAUUGUUAUCAUUCUGAAAGCUUUCUACAAAAGAAGUCUGCAUCCUGUAGCUGCCCUUUUGCUCGCACAAACUACUCAGCUUCUUGGCUAUGGAUGGGCUGGUUUAUUCAGAAAAGUCCUUGUUGACUCACCUUACAUGUGGUGGCCACAAAACCUGCCACAAGUUUCUCUAUUCAGGGCAUUGCAUGAGGAGCAGGAGAGACCUAGAGGAGGAGUUUCAAGGCUACAAUUCUUUAUCAUAAUCCUGGUAUCAAGCUUCGCAUAUUACACUGUUCCAGGAUACUUAUUCCCUUCCUUAUCAGCUCUCUCCUUCAUUUGUUGGAUCUGGACAGACUCAGUCACAAUGCAACAGAUUGGUUCAGGCUUGAAUGGUCUAGGCAUCGGCUCCUUUGGCCUCGACUGGUCCACUGUUGCUUCCUUCCUAUCAAGUCCUUUAGCCUUCCCCUUGUUCGCCAUUGUCAAUAUGCUAAUCGGGUUUAUCCUGGUUAUCUAUGUUAUGCUUCCAAUUGCUUACUGGACAAAUAUUUACGACGCCAAACGAUUUCCCAUCUUCAGUUGUGAAACUUUCGACUAUUCUGGUCAAGUAUACAAUGUGUCCAGAAUCCUCAAUCAGAAAACCUUCGAUCUUGACGUGGGUGCCUAUAAUAGCUACAGCAGAGUCUAUGUAAGUGUCUUGUUCGCCUUGAACUAUGGGCUCAGCUUUGCAGGAUUAGUGGCUUCGCUAUCACAUGUUGCUCUCUUCGAUGGAAAACACAUAUGGCAAACGUGGGGAAAUGCCAAAAGUGAAUCAGAAGAAUUUGGUGAUGUGCAUACAAGAUUGAUGAAGAAGUACUAUGACCCAGUUCCACAUUGGUGGUUUCAUGCUUGCUUAAUUACAUCUAUUGUUUUUUCUCUCAUUGCCUGUGAAGGCUUUGACAAAGCUCUUCAACUCCCAUGGUGGGGUUUUCUUCUAUCAGUUGCCGUUUCGUUUAUUUUCACCUUACCAGUUAGUGUAAUUACAGCCACCACAAAUCAGGCACCAGGGCUAAACGUGAUCACUGAGAUGAUCAUUGGGUAUCUUUAUCCUGGGAGGCCUAUUGCAAAUGUGACUUUCAAGACCUAUGGCACUAUUAGUACCAACCAGGCCAUUAGUUUUCUUUCAGAUUUAAAAUUAGGCCACUACAUGAAAAUCCCACCUAAAUCUAUGUUCAUUGUUCAGUUAGCUGGAACAAUAGUUGCUUCAAGUUUUUGCUUCGGAACAGCCUGGUGGCUUCUCGAAUCUGUGGAGAACAUUUGUGACAAAAAUUUGCUGCCUGAGGGGAGUCCCUGGACAUGUCCUGGAGAUGAUGUUUUUUACAGUGCUUCAAUCAUCUGGGGAGUUGUUGGUCCUGGAAGAAUGUUCACAUCCGCAGGAAACUACCCAGAAAUGAACUGGUUCUUCCUCAUCGGGUUAUUAUUACCAGUUCCAGGAUGGUAUCUUGCUCGGAAAUUCCCGACAACCAAGUGGCUGGGUAAGAUUCACUGGCCCAUUAUCCUCGGAGCCACAAGCAAAAUGCCACCAACAAGAGCAGUGCAUUUCUGGAGUUGGGGAGCUGUUGGACUCUUCUUCAACUACUACAUUUUCAGAAAAUACAAGACCUGGUGGGCUAGGCAUACUUAUAUUUUAUCAGCUGCUCUGGAUGCUGGACUUGCCUUCAUGGGUGUGUUCCUUUAUUUUGCCCUUCAGGGUAACAACAUUGAAGGUCCACAUUGGUGGGGGAAUUCCAAUGGUGAUCAUUGUCCAUUAGCCACAUGCCCUACAUCACCAGGAAUUAAAGUCGAGGGCUGCCCUGUGUUUUAA